AUGAGGAUAGAGGUCAAGAAUGGUAAGAGCAUCAGAAUUUGGGAUAAACACUGGAUUCCUGAUUUUGUUGGCCAAGAAGUUCAGCUUUUACCUGGAGUGGAGAGGGGUAUUCAUUGGGUUAGUGAUCUUCUGCAAGGGGAUGGAAGAGGGUGGGAUGAGGAUAAAGUUAGAGCCACUUUCACAACAGAAUUUUGUAAUUCUGUUCUGAGUAUUAAGUCUCUGAAGCCUGAUCAAGAAGACUUCUGGAUAUGGUCAUUAGACAGAAAAGGGAGCCUUAAACCGAUUGAUAUAGUUAUCAAAUUAAAGGGUUAA